AAAAAACACCAAAGGCACGUUAGCCGUCAUGCCUAAGAGAGCAAUACCAAGCAUCUUUGCAGGUAGUGGCUGAGGGCGUGAGGUUUUAACAAGGGAAGUGCGUGGCAAGGCAGCCCUCGCAUCAACUUUUCCCCCCAAAAUAAGUAAUAACUUCCAUUAGCAAAUGGAAUGAUGCCAUUAAUCGCUUUUUAUGGCUUCAAGUCCUUUUCUCCUUUCAAAAAUCUCACACCCUUUUUAUUCGCUUUGUUCUCUUUAUCCCACAAAAAUCACAUUGUUAGACUUUGCAACGGUACUAUCAAUUAAGUUUCCCGCCACCUCAUUCAAAUUUCUCAAACACUUCUCUUCAAAUGAUAAUUCACUCAUCUUUCACACCUUCAAUUUCGAUUCCUUCUAUUCUAAUUUAAUCGACAAUUCGACCCAGAAAACCAACUUAACCCAAAUCCAUGCUAAGUUACUCCUCCUUGGUAUUCAUCAAAAUGGUUUUCUAAUCACAAAGCUCAUUAAUUCAGCUGUAAAACUUGGAGAAAUCAGUUAUGCACGUAAAGUGUUCGAUGAAUUUCCUGAGCCAGAUGUGUAUUUAUGGAAUGCAAUCAUUAGAGGUUAUUCUAAGUAUAAUAUGUUUGCUAAUGCUAUUGAAAUGUAUUCAACAAUGCAAGUUCUUUGGGUUAGUCCUGAUGGUUAUACACUGCCUCAUGUCCUUAAAGCUUGUGGUGGAUUACCGGGUUUUGAAAUGGGGCGAAGAGUUCACGGGCAGAUAUUUAGGCUUGGGUUUGAAAAGGAUGUAUUUGUUCAAAACGGGGUGGUUGCUUUUUAUGCGAAAUGUGGGAAAAUUGCAAGUGCCAAGGUUGUUUUUGAUGGGUUAAAGUUUAGGAAUGUUGUUUCUUGGACUUCCAUGAUUUCGGGGUAUUCUCAGAAUGGACUGCCUAUAGAGGCUUUGAGCGUUUUUGAUGAAAUGCGGGAAACGGGUGUAAUGCCAGAUUGGGUUGCUCUUGUUAGUGUUAUUAGGGCACAUACAGAUGUUGAGGAUCUGGAACAUGGGAAAUCUAUCCACGGCUUUGUUAUUAAGACAGGGCUUGAAUUGGAGCCUGACUUGCUCAUUGCGCUGACUGCAAUGUAUGCCAAAUGUGGGCAAGUAAUGGUUGCCAGAUCCUUUUUUGAUCAAAUGAAGGUUCCUAAUUUGAUAUUGUGGAAUGCCAUGAUCUCUGGUUAUGCAAAGAAUGGUUAUGCUGAGGAAGCUGUAGAACUUUUCCGUGAGAUGAUUUCUAACAAUAUCAGAACAGAUUCCAUAACGGUCAGGUCUGCUGUUAUAGCUUGUGCACAAGUGGGUUCUAUUGAGUUAGCUAGAUGGAUGGACAAUUAUAUCGGUAAAAGUGAGCAUACAGAUGAUAUUUUUGUCAACUCAGCUCUUAUUGAUAUGUUUGCAAAAUGUGGAAAUGUUGAUAUGGCCCGCAUGGUCUUUGAUAGAACACUUGAUAAAGAUGUUGUUAUGUGGAGUGCCAUGAUUGUGGGAUAUGGAUUGCAUGGUAGGGGACGAGAAGCCUUAGACCUGUACCAAUUGAUGAAGCAAGCAGGUGUCUGCCCUAAUGAUGUCACUUUUCUUGGACUUCUCACAGCUUGCAACCAUUCAGGUCGUGUAGAAGAUGGAUGGCAACUUUUCCACAGCAUGAAAGACUAUGGAAUUGAGCCCUGCCACCAACAUUAUGCUUGUGUGGUUGAUCUUCUUGGGCGUGCUGGUUAUCUAGAUCAAGCUUAUGAUUUUAUUAUGAAUAUGCCAAUAGAACCAGGUGUAUCAGUGUGGGGAGCACUUCUAAGUGCUUGCAAGAUUCAUCGCCAUGUGACACUUGGAGAAUAUGCUGCAGAACGGCUUUUCUCACUAGAAUCUUAUAAUACAGGGCAUUAUGUGCAGCUCUCCAAUCUCUAUGCUUCUUCCAGAAUGUGGGAUCGUGUUGCAAAGAUACGAGUUUUGAUGAGGGAGAAGGGACUAAGCAAGGACCUGGGAUAUAGUUUGAUUGAGAUAAAUGGGAAACUUCAAGCAUUUUGUGUAGGAGACAAAUCACAUCCACGAUCUAAGGAGAUUUAUGAGGAACUUGAGUCAUUGGAGAGAAGGUUGAAGCAAGCUGGAUUCAUUCCACAUACAGAUUCUUCCUUGCAUGAUUUGAAUUAUGAAGAGAUCGAGGAAACCCUUUGUAAUCACAGUGAAAGGUUAGCAAUUGCCUUUGGCUUAAUAAGUACUGCACCAGGAACUACACUUAGGAUAACAAAGAAUCUGCGGGCAUGUAUUAAUUGUCAUUCAGCCACCAAGCUUAUCUCAAAGCUUGUUAACAGGGAGAUAGUUGUGAGGGAUGCAAACCGUUUUCAUCAUUUUAAAGAUGGAGUUUGUUCUUGUGGAGAUUAUUGGUAAGAAGCACAAUCAGUGUUCUUGUGGAGAUUAUUGGUAAGAAGCACAAUCAGUUUGGAUUUAUCAUGAGCAUUAUGAUCUAUUCAGCUAAUCUAGAUGAAGGCAGUUUGUAAACGUUUCAUGGCAUUUAGCUUGUAUUGGAUAUGAAAAUGAGAAAAAUCAGGUUACUUGCAUGAAUUCAUUUUGGUCUAAUGACUGUGAUACACAAUGAAUUUAAGGGUGGCCCUCCUCUUCCUUGAAUUUUCUUUUGAGCACUUCUAGAAGAUUUUGAUGGGAAAAUAUUCCUAACAAGAUUUGAUUUGAAAGGAGAGUUCAGUUCACUUCCUACAGCAUCAUAUGCCAGAUUUCAUUUUCAAAUCACAGGAAAGAAGGAUGCCUUUGCAUGGUGCAGCUUGCAGGCAAGUGAUACUAUGACAAAAAUGUAAAUUAGUAUGUUUAACAUGAAUCUUGGGUGGGUUUAUUUGAUUUAACUAGUAUCUAUGAUCUUUGGAUAGGAAAUGACAUUCAUAAUUAAUAUUGCUAAAAGAGUUAGAAAUUCAUAUUGAAUGAGAUAAAAAGUACUUUUGAAUUUAAUGGAACUGACACUAACAACUUUACAUUGUUAGUGAAGUUGGAAUAUGUCUGUGUUAUGUAUAAACAUUGAUAAUGCUAAUUAACUAUUUUCGC